GCACGAUUGAAAAGACAAAAUAACGGCAUCUACGAACUCGCCAUAAACGUGAUUCCGUUUUGCAAUAUUUAAAGUUACACUUUGCAUUAAGAUUUUAAAGUGCUUGGAUUAUACCCAAAAAAUUAUUUUUAUAAAUUAUUAAAAUGUCGACUAGUUCAAAGCAAAUACUCGAGACUGAAGUGAUCAGAGAAGAAAAUGGCGCUGGCGCUUUAGAAUCAAAGCAAUCACCGAAGGAGCAACGCAAAUGUAAGCGAAAAUAUUUCCUUAUGAUGGAUAACGAUACUGCUGGUCGAGAAGAUAUCGACGAAUCUGAUGUCCAACAAGUGCUUACACCUGUUGAAAAGGCCAAAUUCGCAAUGCCCCCACCGCCGCCACCCCCCACUCCUGUUCAAGCACCCCAGCGAUCAACGUCGGUGGCAGCUGCAACAGCAGAAGCAUCUGUAGCUUCGCCGGAUACCGAAGAUGAUGAGGCAAAUUCGGAGAAAUGGGAAGAUCCUUGUGCGCCACCCCCACCUCCACCAUUGCCAACAAAUUCAAGGGUCAUUUGUCAGGGUUAUGUGAAAUUGACGGCCGUCAAGUUAAAAGAUGCCUUGGAGGAGGCCAUUAUGAAAAUGGAGAGUAAUAGGCGGGAGCAUCAGCAGCAGCAGCAGCAACAGCAACAAGAGAAUUUCAAUUCAAUAAGACGGGCUCUGGCUGGAUUAGGAUCGGAUGCUAUGCAAAUGUCUCCUACGUGUGCAGUUAAACGUCCGAUUAAUCCGAUCACAGCCGUAAUUGUGCAUCCGAAAUGCAAUAAGCCGGCUGUCAUCCGCAAACUGGAAAGAAAGCUAAAAGUUGGCAAAUUGAUGGCCAAACAGCUACAAACUAAGAAUUCCGUCAUCUCUAAGGAUGCCAUACCCUUGCCGCCAGCAACAGCUCAUGAUGAUGAGGCCACCCAGGGCUUGAUGACCAUGCAGGUGUUAUCGGCACGAGCUUCAACGCCUUAUACGCAACCAACCAGUCUGUUAUGCGAUUUGCAUUUGAGUCCACCGACAAAUCAGGCCAAGACAAUGAUUGGCAUUAAGCAGUUGCCUGAGAUGGCGGAACAGCAGCAACAACAGCAUCAACAUUCUACCAGCCAAAAGCUACGCAGCACUUCGACUGUCAAUGGUCUGAGUGCUCAGCGUCUUCCCAAGUUACGCAAUACCCAAUCGGUGGGAAUAUUACCUGUCAGCAAUUUGGAUGGAUCAAUGCAUCAUUAUAGCCGUCAGCAUCUUCUGGAAAUACGUAAUGCUAUGAUCCACGCACUGAUACAUCGUUCCAAAGAAUCACUGACCUUUAGUAUGCCGCGCAUUGCCACUUGCGAUGACAUCGAAUUAGAGGGGCGACUGCGUCGCAUGAAUCUGUGGCGCAAUGCCGACGGAGCAUCUGCUGUGCGCGGCACCAGCAGCUUUAAGCCACGUGUUCAUCUACACAAUUCCACUGGCAACAAUGAGUGCAUGCCCGCCUUCUAUAAGAAUAGGAAUAAGCAUCAGUUGAUUACCGAUGAGUCUAUCAUACAGAGCCAACCACCGCAACCGCAGCAAGAAUUUCAGGAUCCAGCGAUUGUUAAUCAGAGACGUAUUGGCAGCGGUCGUCUAUCUCAUACAAGAUGGUCUUUCAACAACAAUAACGACUAUAAGCCCAUUCACUCUUAUAAUAACAAUCACCAGCCAAAUUCCAUGGGUAAAUCGUCCCACGUGGGUGAUAUGAAGCAUCAGAACAAUUCGAGCAAUAUGACUGUUCUUAAGUUCUUCGAUAAUGGUGAGAUUAGCAGUACGCAUUUGAAUACUACACUGCAGCCGAAUGGCCGUCCGAGUACCCCGAUAAUGGGCAUGUCGAACAAUAGUCGUUCGGAAAAUGAAAGCCUGAAGUCGAAUGAAUCUAUCGAGGAUCUGAAUCGAGCUAAUGAGAAUUAUGUUAAGCGCGUCAUGUCUGGAUUUUUGGUCGUCUCCAAGUCUAAGUCUCGUGAAUCAGAAGAGCGCCACUAUCGUCGCUAUAGAAAUCAAAAUGAGGAACCAGAGUGGUUUAGCUGUGGACCCACAUCUAGACUGGAUACUAUUGAGUUGUGUGGCUUCGAUGAGGAUGAAGAAAAAAUGAUAAAAGAAGGUGGAAAAUGUGCUACACUUGAUUCAAAUAGGGAGACCGUCGUGCAGAAGCACAAGGUCGAACCAAGCAAAUACAAAUGGCAGCAUCCUGACACAAUUGGUCGCAAUAAUAGCAGCAGUAGCAUCGGCGGCAAGUUGAUGCCAAAGAGUGAUAGUAAUAACAAUAGCUCAUUGGAGAAUAUGAACAAGAUGCCUACAACUGAGCAUCACACGCAUCAGUAUCAGCAACAGCAUCAGGGUCAUCCGCAGAAGGAUGAGAAACGUUAUAUCAGUCGUUCAGCUCCGUUCGAUAGGGUCAAGCACAACUACAAAAGCUUUGAUAACAAUAGCUAUGCACGCACCGACGCCAACUAUCAGCAACAACAACACCACCAACAUCCACAUCAAAAUCACAAUCAACAUCAACAUAAUCCACAACACCAACAAUACAAUCAACAACAGCAGCAGGCGUCUAGUAGCAAUAACAAUUCGAAAUUUAUGUCCUUUUUUGCUCGCGACCGUCAGGAUAAGAAUGGCUCUUCUUCAUCAUUGAAUGAAUUCUUCAAGCAGGCCAUGUGUCACAGCAACAGUAGCAGCAACAUGAGCAAUAACAAUAACAAUCACACCGUUAGCAAUCAGAACUUGGAACAACCGAAGAGCUUAGGUUAUAUUAAUCAAAUGCCAUCAGUAGAUCAACUCGAAGCCAAAUGGCGUCGCAAUUCGCUCGGUCAUAUGAACGAUGUUUCGGCAGCAACGGCAGCGGCAGCAGCAGCAGUCGCUGCAGCAUCAGUACAUACUAGCAACGACAACAAUAACAAUAAUAUUAAACAGUCGGAUAAUUUCCAAAAGUUGAUUGGCGCUCUGCAGGGUGCUAAACCGCAAAUAGUGCCGCCUCAGAUGCAAUCACAACAGAUCCCAGUAGGAGACGAUGCCAUAUCAAACUUUAUUUUGCAGCAGCAGCAAUAUCAGCAGCAACAGCAGAAACAACACGUUCUCAUUCAACAGCAGCAGCAGCAGACAGCCUUCCUGGCAAGCCUUCAGCUUAAGGCCAUACUAGGACGUGCGGAUACGCAGCUUUUGCUCUUACGUCUGACCAAAGGUGAAAUUUCAAAGCAUGGCUUGCUGGUGCAGUUGGCCAAUCCCCGUUUAACCACUAUGGAUCGCGAGGCCAUAACGGCUGUGCUGCAGUUCACAAAUACACAGCAGCAGCAACAACAGCAUCAGCAACAACUGGAGAUGCUUUCGAGUACAGUGAUUGCCAGUCAAUUGCAGAAUCUACACAAUUUGGCUAUUGUGCAGCAGACGCUUGCAGCACGACAGCAGCAACAGUUGCAGAUGCCGCAACCACAAGUGCAGCCACAGCAACUAUCGCAAGAGGAUCUGCAGGCGCAUGCCAACACCAUUAUGCGCAAUGCGGUCAUGAAGCGUAAAAUGGAGGAGCAAACCUCUAAGUUACUCAACAUGAAUGCGACGGCAACAAGCAAACAGCAGCAGUUGCAGCAACAUCAGCAACUGCAGCAGCAAUCACGAGCUCAAUUACCGUCAAUGCUUGGACCGAGAGUUGGACGCCAGGAUUCAUCAUCAAAUGCGCUGCUGAACGCGCUCAUUGCCGGUAAAAACCUACCAGCAGCAAUAAACGGGAGCAUGAUGCCAUCCCAGCAGCAGCAACAGCAAUUGUCCAUUAAUUCACGACGUUCUGACGCAAAUGUGCGUUUCGCAGAAGGCGCAAAUUUCCAAAUUGGGGAAAUGCCCCAACCGGUUGGACAGUAUCUUUAUCAGCAGCAACAGCAGCAACAAUAUGCACACCAGCAAAUUCUCAAUCAACAAAAUAAGCAGAACAACAGCAACAAUAACAUCAAUAUUAACUUAAACACCAAUUUUAAUAAACCUCAAAAUCAAUCACAGCCGCCUGUGGCAAUGUUGUCAACUGGCAGCGGCGGAGAUGAGCUUCAUUAAACAAUUUGCAUCAACGACUGUUGGAAUGAUGGCGAUCGCUAUCGGUUCGACGGUUGUCGUUUAUAGCACUCACCGUUUUUUUAUUAAACCG